UGACAACCGAUUUUAAUAUAAAGACCCGAAUUGCCUGAUGACGUGAACACCUUAAAAUCCCGUACUUGGUCUGGGGAAAUACCCAUCUAGAGAAAUACUUCAUCAAGGCCAUGCAGAAACGACGAUCUCACAAGAAAUCUCGCAACGGAUGCCAGAACUGUAAGAAAUGGCACACCAAGUGCGAUGAGCAAGGACCACCAUGCAACAACUGCGCGCUGCGGAAGGCCAAAUGCGUUUACAGUCGCCCCAAAACCGAGGCCGCCAAUCAUGAUCAUAACCGCUCUCUCACCAUACGAUCCAGGAAUGGAGAGACAUCUACGACGGCACUUUCUAUCGAAGUUGAACGACCGCGGGGCGAUGUAGGCACGAUAUGCGCGGCCUACGGUGGACCGUCUAGAUUGCUAGAGUUGGAAUUGAUGCAUCAGUGGUCGACGACUACGUACAAAGCUUUCUGUGGCAUACCUGAAGAUGGACCUUACCUACAGUGCCUGCUGCCGCGGUGCGCUCUCGAAUACGAUUUCAUGUUGAAUUGUAUCAUGGCUAUCUCAUCCCUACAUAUAGCCCAGUCUGGAGGGGCGAACUCCAAGAAAUAUAUCAACGCGGGACUAGAGUACUACAACAAAGGUAGUAGCUCAUUUCGAACACACUUGGGAAGGAUGAAUGCCGACAACGCCCACGUCUUAUACAUGUUCUCCGCCAUAGCCAUAUCCGUGCACCUAUCGAUACCCCAACGAGCCAGCGUGAUCGAUCUUCUAGUGGUGGCUCUCGACUUGGUCAAUGGUAGCACUAGCAUCGGGAUGAUGGGAAUGCCGUGGCUUCUCAAUAGCGCCCUUCCGCUGCGUGCUUUCAUAUCGCGCAUGGGCGCAUCGAAAGACCUAAUAGAUGCCGACAGUAAAAUUGCUUUGGCUAGGUUACGUGCUAUUAACGAUGUACGGAACCAAGUUACAGCAGAACCAAUCAGUAGCAAUGGAGUUGCAGAUGGGGUAAUUGAGAUACGCGACCACGAUUUGUUCGAAAUGGCUAUUGCCGGUCUGGAAACUUGCUAUGCCGAGGAAGCCAGGGGCAUCUUGAGGGGAUUCGGCACUGCUUUUCCAGGAUUGGCGGGCAAGCCCUUUACCUCACUCGUCAGCAAAUCCGAUCCUUUCGCCUUACUCAUUAUCUCACACUGGGCCGUGCUGUUAAGUAAGAUGGACCAGGGAAUUUGGUGGGUGACGACGAUAGCAGAUCGACUCGCGAUAGAGAUCUCAGAUCUAUUAAAGACGUCCCACCCCGAUCUAUCGCUAGAAUGGGCCGAUGCUAUGGUAUGGGUACAUGGCCAAAUGGGUAUAUCGUGGUCUCAAUCACGAGAAUUAUCAUACAGUUCGGGACUCUCAAGCGACAGUUGGGAUGUGUCCAGCUUAACGCACGAAACCGAUUUUUUUCUCAACUAAUUAACGAUAUCAUCAAAACACCCCUCCCUUGCCUUGAAUAAAGGCACGAAGUGCCCUGAGAGUAGACCUCUCCCACCUCCAACAUUAAUGAACAGUAGACUACGGAUAGAGAUAUUGUAUAUGGGAAGACUCACCUUUGUUAUACCAAAUCUGGAUAUAUUGUAAUAUAUAUACGCAACAAACAAUCCGCAUGAUUCUUAACUUCAAAUAAACACACCUAACA